AUCAAAUUUUCUUUUUGGAGGGAGAGAAACAUGAUGCGCUGCAAAAACAAAAACUACUCUCUCUUCUUAAUUCUCUUCAAGCUGUUACUUUUGCCUGCAGAUUCAAGCUCUUGUCCAAGUAAAUGUGGAGGAGUCCGGAUCCCAUACCCUUUCGGAAUCGGGAAGAGUUGCUAUCUGGAGAAGUCCUACGAGAUUGAAUGUCGGAGUACAGCUAGGUCAAGAAAGCCAGUCCCUUUCCUUUCAGUAAUCAACAAAGAAGUUGUGAGUAUCUCUCUUCCUAAUAUGGAUAACUCUGUGGUACCAUCAUAUGGGAUUGUUCGUAUCAGAAGCCCGAUAACAUAUACUGGAUGCUUCACUUCCACCGACGGAAAAGAGACUGGAGCACCGAUAAUGAACUUGACGGGUAGCCCUAUGUUCAUUUACUACAGAAACAGACUCAUAGCGUUUGGUUGCAACAGCAAGGUGUCGUUGACCCAUGUAGAGCCCGACAUUGUGGGAUGUGAGUUGAAUUGUAGUAUGAGCAAAGGUAACAUUCUCAGCGUAGAGGGGUGCCCGAGGAACUUAUUUUCUUCCGAGACUUACUACGUUUGCACUAAAGAUGAAUUCACAUCGUGCAGUGGUAACGGAUGUUGUGAUACAUUUGUACCUAACACCCCUCAACAAGUUCUUGGUAUCAGGAUAGAGAGCAAUGACGGAAACUCGACAAAAAGGACAAAACAAGAACAUUGUAGAGUAGUGGCAUUCGUGACAGAUGAACUCGACCAUAUGCCCAGUGGCACCAAUCCACAAAAGUUACUUGCUAAGGGACAUUAUACGGUUAGUCUCGGAUGGAUCUUCCAGACGAAGAAUACUUCGUACCUCAACUCCUUGGCCUGCAAAAACGCAACAGAAUAUGAUUAUGAUCCUAGUAAAAUUUUUGAACCCAGAACAAAGUGUAUAUGUCAAUUUGUCAGAAACAGUUCUGAGAUGAGAUUUGGAAAUUGUGGAUGCAACCACGGUUACAGCGGUAACCCAUUUAUUGUGGAUGGAUGCAAAGAUAUUGAUGAAUGUAAACUUGGUACAUAUUCAUGUGAAGAAGGACAGAACUGUGUAAAUACUCCAGGACACUAUAAAUGCGUUGGCGACAAGACUAAAUCAAUACUAAUAGGGGUCGGUUCAGGUUUUGGUGUCUUAGCACUAGUUGGUGGAGUUUGGUGGUUGAGAAAGUUUCUAAUAAAGAGAAGGAUAGAAAAGAGGAAGCAGAAGUUCUUUAAACGUAAUGGGGGAUUACUGUUGCAACAAGAACUAAACACAAGCGAUGGUAAUGUCGAAAAGACGAGAAUCUUCACCUCCAGAGAGCUGGAAAAAGCCACUGAAAAGUUCAGCCAAAACAGAGUUAUUGGACAGGGAGGCCAAGGCACUGUGUACAAAGGUAUGCUGGUAGAUGGUAGAACAGUUGCAGUCAAGAAAUCCAAAGUUAUAGAUGAAGACAAACUACAAGAGUUCAUCAACGAGGUGGUGAUUCUCUCCCAGAUCAACCACAGACACAUUGUCAAACUCUUGGGAUGUUGUCUUGAGACAGAAGUUCCUAUCUUGGUUUAUGAGUUUAUCCUCAACGGAAACCUUUUCCAGCAUAUUCAUGAAGAGUCAGAUGACUACACUAUGAUAUGGGGAAUGCGUCUACGCAUGGCGGUCGACGUCGCGGGAGCUCUAUCUUAUCUUCAUUCUUCUGCAAGCUCUGCGAUUUAUCACAGAGAUAUCAAGUCAACAAACAUAUUACUAGAUGAGAAGUACCGAGCCAAGGUGGCUGAUUUUGGAACAUCAAGGUCAAUAACUAUAGAUCAAACUCACUGGACGACCGUUGUUUCAGGUACGGUUGGGUAUCUAGAUUCAGAGUAUUACCGCUCCAGCCAGUUUACAGACAAGAGCGAUGUUUACAGCUUUGGGGUCGUCCUAGCGGAACUUAUUACUGGAGAGAAGCCUGUCAUAAUGGUGGGGAACACUCGAGGAACAGUAAGCUUGGCAGAUCAUUUCAGACUCGCCAUGAAGGAGAAGAGACUUUUUGAUAUUGUGGAUGCUCGAAUAAAAGAGGAUUGCAAAUUGGAACAAGUAAUGGCUGUGGCAAAGCUGGCGAUGAAGUGCUUGAGCUCGAAAGGAAAUAAACGACCAAAUAUGAGAGAAGUUUUUACUGAGUUGGAGAGAAUUUUCACUUCUCCAGAGGAUUCACAGGUGCAGCAGAUUCACCUUGAUGAAGAAGAUGAAGAGGAGAAAGAAGAAGUUAGGAAUAUGAUAAACAAGGGAGAUUCUUUGAGAGUUGGUGUGACUGCUCCAGCCUUCAGUGUUGCGGCCUCGCCUUCUUCUUCAGAUGCUGAACCAUUGUUUCCUCGUCGUCCCACAUGGUGAGUCUAUCGGUUUUUAGAGAAAUGGUGAAUAAAUGUGAUGAUGAUCAUCCUGAAAACGUUUGGUAACAAAUUUGCAAGUGUGAGUUUCGGUUCAAGAUUUAAAUGAUUUGAGUUUGUAUUAUUAUGUGUAUGUUUGAGAUAAUGUACUUGUAAUUUGUGUUGACAUUUUGUUUUUAUGCAUUCGGUUUCUAUAUAAUAAUUGUUAUACGUAUUUGGCG